GACUUCGCAGAGAGCGAUGCAAGCCCCGCCGUACUCAAUCGCAGGCCGCUACGAGCGAGGACGGAGAAGCAGCUGCAUCCCUAUCUGCACGACCGCACCCUGUACCAUCAGCAAUGGAGACAGCGAGGUCUAAAACCUGUCCAUUUUAGGAUCGUCCACGAUGGUGUGGAAGAGACGCAGAGUCAAUCCUCUGACCCAAUGUUAGCUGCAUCUACACGCCGAAACCACAAGCCAUCAGUCACAAGAAUCAGAGAACCCAAGAUCACUGAUGCUUUACGAGGUAUCAACCAGCAGCGCCAAUCCUUCUCCGAGGAAAGAGGAGGCGUUAGCGCUUUCGAACGACCCAGGACUGUGAUCAAGCGAACAAGAGGAUGGCAACGCCAACAACGUCCGAAGCAGCAAUCAUGUGGCCAUCGACUAAGCAUCUUGGACGUAACACCUGUAAUGUCCAACGAUGCACCGUUGCCCCAGUUCCUUCGCUUGGCUCGCCGUCAAGCACAACAACAAACGAACCACGGCAGACAUUCUCCGUCGAAUAAGGUCGUUCGACUCGCCACCGAAGACGACACGGCCGAGGCCAACCAGACCUUGAACGCCUGGCGGGAAGGCACCAUUGCGCCAUGUCAUACAAUGCGGCGACUACUUACGGAUUUUGAGAAACAUAGGCUCCCACCACCAGCUGAUGAAGGGCUGUCUGAAGAUCGUUACGUUCCCCUACGCGACAUCAGCAAUCUUCAGCAGGGUAGGUUGCCGCAGCCCUUGCGUAAGUCCGCAAGCCUGGAGAAGAAAUCCCGAAGAGUGGUCACCACCACUCGUCGGCAUCGGCAAACGCAACUUGAGCUUAUAGUCCUUCGACGCGACCGUGCGGACGCAGUCAGUGAGUCUCAAGACCGCAGUGCACAGAUGGGCGACCCUGAGGAGCUCGACGAUAGUCUACGUCGCAGGCGUAACCGACAACGCCCACAGAUUACAACUUAUCGUAACGCUCAGCUCGAGUCUCUUGAAUCGACCUUUGAUCAGCAUCACCGGUCGUUGGCCUUUGUGCGCCGCAUCAAUUGCUUGACUGAAGCUGUCACCAAGCCUGCCCGAUCCGUGCCGUCCACAGGCUUACAGCGUCUUCGAUAUCUGCAGCAGCAUGAAGCCGCACACGCGCAACCGAGUGCAGUCCAUUGCCAAGUCGAGCUUAGCUCGCAGACAGACCACUUCCUCAAUAACAACGAUCACCAAGAACAAAUGGAGCGGGCUCGGCUGCCCUUAAGACAGCGUAAACGGCUUGCGAGACAUCUCAAUGCGGACUCACGUCACUACCGACAGCCAAGCGAGCCUCUGCCCGAUGUUGUCAUCGUCGAGGACUUUCCAAUUGAAGAACCUACAACUACUAGCACCAUUCUGAACGGCCUGGGACCGUUCGGAUCCCGUUAUGCAACAGACUUCGAUGUGCGUCCGUUACCGCUGGGCAUUUUCUUCCACGAGAGCACAUUCAUUGGCAGUGGCGACUUUGCGGCUAGUCUCAGACUCAAUGACCGUAACUUUGCAACCGUCACUGGCCGCAUGCGUGUGCAUGUGGGCGAGCAAGUACUGGAAUGGGGUCCAUGGACCGAAGGCGUGGCAUCCGGCAUGGCAAAGAUACCUCAAGGCAUCCGGGACGCUUCCUCUACGCUUGUGAACUUACCAGCUGAAAUCACGAAGGCUGAACAGCUCGCUAUUGUCAGAUCUAACGUUGAGCAUAUGCUUCGCUCGAUAGUACGCUACUGCUCGAAAUGCCUUGCGUUUCUCGACCCCGUCGAUCGCCGGGCAUGCAUCAUCCACCUACAGGGGCUUGUCGAAAACCUAGACGAAGUGAGCGCUGAACUCAGCGCGGAGCCAUGCGUUAAACCAGAUGUGCAUGUUUGUUGCUUGCAGUACACCCUGGUCAUUGCUAUGCAAGUAUCGCAGCUGUGUAAUGAUUACAUGGUUACGCACGAGGUCAAGCAGCGGACUGAUGAACUAGUCAAGCGCAGCGCACAGAAGCUUGCGGAGCAGCUGUAUGCUGGUCGGAUGGAGGAUUUACGAGCAACUUACGAGACCCUACGGCACCAUACCAUACGUGAAGCUGGCAUUCGGAACGACGAUAUAUCACUGUCAACAGCCGUGCUUCUCCGCCACGGUCUACGACGCUCAACGAACGAAUUCAAGGGCUUCGCUUUCUGGGAUGUCAUCGAACCUGUUCUGGCUAACCCCACCCGCUCAGGCACUUCGGUUAGUGUCCUGGACCAGGUCUGGUAUGGCAUCUUCACUUUGCUCCCUGCUUUAGAAGUCGACGAGUAUGGUAUUGCACGGCCAGGCAGCCGCUUUCAGACGAUCCCGCAGGGCUGGUCGCUGCCAAAACAGCUUCUUGGGCGGCUCUUUAGCCUGUAUCCAGCCACGGCCAGUGGCCGCUCAUCAACGAUCAAUGACUACGUGCGAGCAACGUUGUCCAGAUGCUACCGGCUGGUCAGCGACUGGGGCUGGUCUGAAUGCGAGCCGGUGCUGAGCACCAUCUUUGACUUCUUUGCUUGCCGAGGAUUCGCGCAACUGGAGCAUGAGCAGUCGCACGGCUCUGUUGCGUACCUUGACGUGCUUGAGGCAUCGCCUUCGCUUGAACUGCAGCCCGAAGACCAAUCAUUCCAUAGUUUCCUCAAAAUCCUGGCAUUGGGGCUGCUGAACAUGCGCAAGUACGGCGUCUAUUCCGAUCGGAAGAUAAGCGGGAUAGUUUGGCGCUUUGUGCCAAAUCAUGGGCGAACGUAUCGGAAAGACGCGGAUGUCAAGCAGUCGGACAUUGAGGCUCUCCGGAACCACUUUGACUUGCUUUGUACCCUCUACUUCGCCUCGCCUCCCAGCCAUCGGCUGCGUCCUGAGCUUCUGCAGAACCUUGUGGACCAUACUCAGUCCCAUCGAGAAGCUUGUCGUCUCAGCGUACGUGCAUGGACCCACCUCGCUAGCUUCCAGGCCUCGAGUGCCUUGCGGGAUGAGGCACUGCAGCCGUUUACGGUAUGGUUUCAGGACAUCCUUGUGAAGACGGUGGGACAGUAUCGCCUUGCAAAGACCGAGGCGGAGCGUGACUUCGCAACGGCAAGGGCGCAGGGCGUUGUUGCCAUAACAGACUGUAUGCUCACAACAACAAUUGCAAGCAAUCAGAGGCAGAUCGCUGCUACUCUGGUGGAUGUUUUGGCCGGUCUCAAACGAGCUCUCAAUGCAACAAACAAUCUGCCAACUGCGGUGGCUCUCAUCCAAGGCUGCAAUUUUUGGAAGAUCUUCGUACCGUUCGAUGUUUCCGAAAGACGACUGCUCGUUGUAUUAGACGAAGCUAUUCAGGUGCUGAAGACAGCAUUAACUGUCGAAUCAAAGCUCCUACGCAUGCCAGAGAGUCAACUGGAAAGCGAGGAGAGCCAAGACUACGGCGACCUGGACGCUUUGCAGGCGCUAACCACAGGCCAAGGCGGAUCUGUUGCGGAGCAUAGUAGCAUAAGCGAAGUACUCCAAAGCGGAGUAGCUCAGCUCUUGUCGAACAUUUUCGGGUCUGAUGGUCCUGUGGAAGACACGAUACUAGCUGGGCUUGUCGACGUUUGGGCGGACAUUGUCCACAGCGCCGUCGAAGCCGGUAGAAGAAGCUUGAGCAGCUUCACAGACGAGUACUCAAUUGACUCAUGGCGCCAGCUUCGUGACACCGACCACAAACGCAAGUGGACACCGUACUUCUACGCCCGGCUCGUUGUAGGAGGUGUCCCUGGGGACUCGGAACUCCAGGUGGACUCGCUCAGAGUGUGGCUGGUUUCGCUUGUCGAACGGGAGGCGCUGCUCAAGCAUCAACACCUACUCACUGCUGCCUUAAGCAACAGUCACAACAAUCACGCCAUGCUGCAUAACUUGCCGUUCACUCGCAAUCCGAGAACCGCUCGCUUCGACGUUAGCUUGGACAUCAUACGUGUACGAAGGCUUGCUGUACUCUCCAUCGUCCUUUCUAACAUGCGGGAGGAUUUCGACAAGACCUUACGUACCCGGCCGGGGUAUGUGUUGGAGUUGCGCAAGGAAUACGGUGAUCUCCUAAAAGCGCUCAUGCUAGCCAUGAAGUCCAACUACCAAGAGCUCUGCGUUUCGCCCAACAACACAUCAGCCGAUGCGAAUGCGGAAGGCUCGUACGUCGAGUUCGUCCAGCAUAUAAUUUCAUUUCUGCAGCAGCACACCAUCGAUAUCUGUCCGGUCGAUGGCUUCUUUACAAACUCCUCCGCUUUCCCUCUGCCCGCUGGAGACCCGAUGUACGUUGAAGGCAGGCUGAAGAGUUACGUACCAAAGCUGGCAGAUGGCAGGACGAGGAAACAGCUCGCUGUAUUCGUGCAUACGGUCAGUGAGCGAGCUGCCGUCGAUGAUCAGCAAGCGUAUCUUGUCCAGCAGCUUGUCAGCGCCAUGGACGGCGUGCUGGACUGCAGCAGCACUCAGUCACCAAGCUUGCGGCACGUCCUGCUUACCGCAAUCUUUCCUGCGUACAUUCGGAUGGCCUUAUCUACCGCGUGCUCGUGGAUCCUGGCACUGCCAAUUCUGGAGGCCUGCGCGAUGACCGUAGACUCUUUGAUGUACCAGAGCGCGGUCACGGACGAACAACACUCAAAGGCUAUGAAGGACAUGCUUAUAUCCGUACUUCUCAGCUUGAAGACGCCCAUUUCGGAAGUGCUGGAUCACCCUGGAUUGCUACGUUUGCCACACUCGCAGAGGGUGUUGACGCUUGUUUUCGAAGUGUUGCGGGCCAUGCUAACCGUCUCCGAGUUCCUGCAACGAUCCAAAUGGGCGAUCGACAAUCUGGACAGCCUCCUGCCAUCGACGCACGCCGCUGCGCUCGAUAUCUUAGCGCGGAUGGAAGGCGCCAACGGCGCUAUUCCCGAGUCUCUCCAGAACUCCAACACUGACCAAUUCUUGACAUGGCCAGACACGCAGACGUUCACGAGGCAGCAAGUCGAGAAUGCCUUGGAGAAAGAAUGGUACGCAUAUGACGGACACUACUUCGUGAGAAGAGGUACUUCUGCAAGAGAAGUGAUCGUACAUCUGGCGGACGAUGACACUGGAUUGCAGGGGCUGCUCGCCUCUGUGAAACAGUACUGCGUGAGUUACAGCGCCGUUAUGGCGAGCGGUCAAGCCUUGGUUCGAGGACGCGGAGACCAUGAUGUCUGUGACGUUGAUAGCAUUGUCAUCUAA